AUGCCCAAUCGAUCGAUAACAAGUAGAGAUGUGGCAUCAUUACCACAGCCUGGUUUUAAUCUAGCUGAAUCAAUAAAAUUUAGUCCUGAUGAUACAUUUUUAACAUAUCUUCGUUCACCUAAUCAAACAUUAACAAGACAACUUUAUGCGUAUAAUAUCCAGACAGAAAAAGAAUUUGUUUAUGCCGAACUUGGUGUAGGUGAUGGAAAAACAGAAGAAAAUCUUUCAAUUGAAGAAAAACUACGACGAGAACGUCAACGUCAAUUAAUCACUGGUAUAACUCGUUAUGAAUGGCCGAAAAAUAAAACUCAAUCAUUGAUGCUUAUACCCAUUGGUAGUGAUCUUUAUAUUCAUGAUGGUAAAGAAAUUCGUCUUUUGGUUAAUGGAUCUAAUCAACCAUCAAUAAUUGAUCCAAAACUUUCACCUGACGGUUCAUUUGUUGCAUACGUUCAAAAUUGUGAACUUUAUUGUGUAUCAACAGCAAAAUCAUCAUUUUCACAGCCACGUCAAUUGACAUUCGAUGCACGUGGCCAACCAAAUAAAAUGAAUGGUGUUGCAGAGUUCAUUGCUCAAGAAGAAAUGGAACGAAGUGAAGGUUUUUGGUGGUCUGAUGAUUCACGUUUUAUUGCAUUCACUCAAGUUGACGAGUCAAAUGUGCCAGUAUUUCGUAUUCCACAUUCUGGUUCGGAUAAUCCUGAUGAAAUUGAAGAACAUCGAUAUCCAUUUGCUGGUAAAACAAAUGUUAAAGUUACUGUUGGUAUUAUUGAUCUAGCCGAUCAAAAAACAACAACACCUAACAUUGAUUGGAUUGACUUAAGUUCAUUUCAUGAUCAUUAUAUAGCACGUGUAAAUUUUUUCCCUGACAAUAGCCUUGCUUUACAAAUAGAAAAUCGACAACAAACAAAAUUACAAUUAUAUCAAUAUGAUUUUUUAAAUAAAAAAUCAUUAAAAUUACUAAUCGAAGAAAUAAGCCAAUCUUGGAUUAAUUUACAUGACUCUUUUCGUACAUUGAAAAAAACACCAACACAAUUUAUAUGGACUAGUGAAAGAACUGGUUUUAUGCAUUUAGAAUUAUAUGAUUUAACUAGUGGCAAAUUAAUAAAAGCAUUGACUAGUGGCGAUUGGGUUGUACAACGUGUUGUUGAUGUUGAUGAAGCUAAUUCUACUAUUUAUUUUCUUGCUAAUCGUGAAACACCCAUGGAAGUACAUCUUUAUAGUGUUAAUUAUAAUGAUGAUAUACCGAAAAUAGAUCGUAUAACACAAGAAGUUGGUUGUCAUGCUGUUUACUCUUUUAAUCGAACAUACGAAUAUUGUAUAACACAAUGGAGUUCCAUAGAACAAUGUCCACUUAUAAGAAUAUUAGAUGUAAAAAAGAAAGAAAUUCUUAAAACAUUAGAUCAUUUACAGCAAGAGCAAGUGCAAAGUAUAGAACAAUUUAAUUUUGUUAAACCUCAAUUAUUAAAAAUACAAAAUCGAAAUAAUCAAACACUUUAUUGCGCAGUAUAUAAACCAGAUGAUGCACAAGGCCGAUAUCAAAGACCAUAUCCAACACUUGUAUCAGUUUAUGGUGGACCACAUCUUCAACGUGUAAUAAAUUCUUGGUCAUUGCGCACAGAUAUGCGCUGUCAACGUUUAGUUGAAUCGGGUUAUGUCGUAAUACGCUUAGAUAACCGUGGUAGUCCAAAUCGAGGUGUAUCUUUUGAAAGUGCUAUCCGAUAUGAUAUGGGCCAUUUAGAAAUUGAAGAUCAAAUCGAUGGAGUAAACUAUCUCGUAAAGCAAGGUAUUACAGACAAAGCCCGUGUUGGUAUCUAUGGUUGGUCUUAUGGGGGAUACAUGGCAGCUAUGGCAUUGGUUCGAGCAAGUGAAGUUUUUAAACUAGGUAUUGCUGGUGCACCGGUUACACACUGGGACGGAUAUGACACUCAUUAUACUGAGAGAUACAUGGGCACACCGGAAGAGAAUCCUCGUGGAUACGAAAUAUCAAGUGUAAUGUAUCAUAUACAUAAUUUAGUAGGUCACUUGAUGAUAGUGCAUGGUCUAAUUGAUGAAAAUGUUCAUUUUCGUCAUUCGGCUCGUCUUAUAAAUGCACUUAUACGAGCAAAUAAACCGUAUGAACUGAUUCUUUUUCCCGAUGAACGACAUAUGCCAAGAAAACUGGAUGAACGCAUCUAUAUGGAAGAUCGAAUGUUCGAAUUUAUUAGAAAAAACUUAUAG